UCAAGACUACAAGAUUGACAAAAGACAUACCCUUGUUAGCUUGUGGAUUUGCCUGCAUAUUUUCAGCACUGAAUUGCAUAUAGUUAGCUGAGUUAGCUAUUUAGUUUGAUAUGAGCCAGCUUAUAAUGCUGUGACAUUUAUUCAACCAAUAACCUACUAAGUUAUGCAUUUGUGACAAAUCCACCUUGAACAAAAUUGCAGAUCUCCUCUCACUAAAGCCAAGUGAUUCUGUCAGUGCCUUCUCCACCGCCCCCGCCCCCACUCCACGCCAUGCCAGCAUCAUGUGAGGGAAGCUCAGCAUUUCGAACCCAUUAUAACGAGUCCUAUGAAAGUCAUGAGACCGACACCAUGCCCUACUGGUCUCCAAUCAGCUCAUCUCAGGCUCGCCAGAUCGCUAGUUUCCAUAGCCAUACCGUUCGGAAUUCUGUCACAUUGUAGGCUGCAUUUAUUUCUGACGAUUAAAUAUUUAAAGACAACUUAUGAAGUUGAAAAAAUAAGACAUGACCAAGUUUGUUUUCACUGGUGUCGUAAAUUAAGGCUAAACUCAUUAUCCUGUCUAUUUGUGAAUAUGCUAUUCCAUUCCACAGACGACUUAUAAAUAUACGGAAAACGUGAGUUAAAAUACCAGCCUAUGUGAAAACUUGUCUGAGCAAAAAAAGAUUGUCUUUUUGAAAAGAUAAUAUUCCUGCAUGCGUGCGGAUUAGUGUCAUCAGCGUGUGACGUAGCGGUCUAGGGCUGGGUUUUUAGAACGCUCUUUUAUAAUACAAACUAGGUGAAACAGAAGACCGUGGUCUCUCCGUCAAGUAGGCUACCCACAAUAUCUAUAGACCACAGGUUCUGCAAAAGCUGCCCAGCUUCUUUAGAAUUAUAGUGGCUGUCUGACGUGGCCGCAAUUAUGUCAUACGGGAGGGCAGACAGCUACCGCUCGCAGCCGCGGGAUUUCAACAACCUCAUUCAGACAUGCAGCACCAACAUCCAGAAAAUCACCCAGAACACUGGGCAGAUGAAAACCAUGCUGUACCAGUUGGGGACGAGACAGGACACACCUGAGCUCCAGGAAAGGCUUCAGCAGGUGCAGCACUACACAAAUCAGCUGGCUAAGGAGACUAACAGACACCUGAAGGAACUGGGAUCUCUUCCUCCUCCCCACUCACCUUCAGAGCAGCGUCAGCAGAAGAUCCAAAAGGACCGUCUGAUGAACGACUUCUCAGCAGCCCUCAACAACUUCCAGGUGGUGCAGCGUCGUGCUGCUGAGAAGGAGAGGGAGUCAGUGGCCAGAGCCCGCGCUGGGACCCUCCUGACGGAGGAGGAUGGGCUUCGAAAACCAGAUGAGCAACUUGUGACUUUUGAAAGCAAUGAGGAAAGGAGUCUUAUUCAGACCCAGGCGGAGGAGAUGCCCAUCACAGAGGAGGAUCUAGAGGGCAUCAGAGAAAAAGAGACCAACAUCAGACAGCUAGAGUCAGACAUAAUGGACGUGAACCAGAUUUUCAAAGACCUGGCAGUAAUGAUCCAUGACCAGGGGGAGAUGAUAGACAGCAUUGAGGCGAAUGUGGAGAGUGCAGAGACACAUGUGGACAGAGGGGCUGAACAGCUGCAGCGGGCUGCUUAUUACCAGAGAAAGUCCCGGAAGAGGAAGUGCAUCCUGGCCAUCAUCCUGGCCCUGGCCCUGACCAUACUGGCCAUCAUCAUCUGGCAGGCCUCCAAAUAAAGCACACAGCCAUGCAGAUACAUAGCACAUGCAACGGGAGACAUGUCAGGCUAUGAGUAGAGAUAGAGAGAGAGAGAGAGUGUGAGUGUGUGUAGGUGUGCAUGCGUGUGUAUGAAAAAGACAGAAAGAGAGAGAGUGUAUUUUAUAGUGAAGGACCAUACAGAGGGGAUGUGUGUGUGUGUGUGUGUGUGUGUGUGUGUGUGUGUGUGUGUUACGGUGCAGAUCCACUAGCACUUCACUACAUUUUGUCGUGUCGCAUUCCACUCUAGUCCUAUGGGUGACGUCAAGCGACUUUAACACGCCCGCAAAGCAUUCCGGGAAGGCAGCGCUGCAUUUGAAAAUAUGUCGCGUGUCAAAAAGCUGGGCGAUGCCCAUCUUAAUGCAAAUGAAUCCGUCUUACAAGACAAAUAAUGUUUUAACUAUCUCUUCCACGGCCACCUAGUAGUCCAUAAAACAAACGAAACUAGGAUUUGGAUGAAUAUAUUGACUGUUGGUGUUUCUGGUGAGGAUUUGAGAUUGC